AUGGAUGCUGCUCCGCCAGAUUCUUCAGCGGUCAUAGCAAUUCCACUUGCGUCGGAAUACGCAAUCAAGUGCGAUGCUCCGUUUACUGACGAGUUCGUCGGUGCAGACCUUAAUGGACAACGAGAAGUUGUCAGUGGCGGAGUCCCAAGGGAUACCCAACUGCAAGCAGUAAAAGCGUUACAGUCGUCUUAUUCACUAUCGGAACGUUUCUGGGAGAUUUGGAAGAGCCAAUACUCAACAGCUCUUCAAAAACAGCAUCAAAGAAACAUUGACAACAAACGAGGUAGCGCGAAGGAAGUACGAGAAGGAGCUGUCGUUCUUCUUAGUGACUCCUACCAGAAGAGGAAUCACUGGAAACUAGCGCGCAUCUCUAAAAUUAUUUCAAGCAAUGAUGGAGCAGUGAGGGAAGUGGAAGUCUACUGUAACAGAAAGAUACUACGGCAUCCUCUCAACCAACUUAUCCUUCUGGAACUUGAAGGAAACGACAACGGAACCCAACAGACCAAUACAGCAGAAGACCAGCAAGCAACGCCACCACCUGCAACCAGUCGAUAUGAUCUACGUCCAAGGACGACGACAGCCCUCUUUACGAAGGGACAACGCCAAGGACAGAACAGCUUAAGAUGUUUUACGACAAGCAGAUCUAUUACUUGGCCAACGUCCAUUUAUCUGAAAAUGGCAUUAUCAUUGACUGUCAUGGUAAUUGUUAGCGAAGAACAACCCGGAAUGCCAAUAACACAAAGCAUGUGUCAGACGUGCCCCUACGUUUCCGUCUGCUGA